AUGUCCCUCCCGCCCACAUGGAGGGCUGGCAGUUGGCCGCCACAGCAGAUGCCCACGUAUGGAAGGCUCCUACCGCCUGGAUCACACAGUCAGACGGGGGCCAACCUGCCGCCAACGAUGCUCUUGGCCUCAUCUUCCACAACACAAGAAGAGCAGGACUCCACGCAGGCCACGCAGGAGUCUGAGCCGUGUUUCGACGAUUUGUGCGUGAAUGAGGCGAGGGAGGGCGACGAAGGGACGGGAGAAUAUGUUUUUUGGGGCUGCGAUUUCAAGCCCGCCUUGCCUUACGCGCUGGGCGUGUCUGUGGUGGCAGGGUCGAUCUGCCUAGCGCUUGUCCAGAUUCCACUGUUGUGCCGGUUGCAGUCAUGGUCCCAGGCCGAGGCUCCUCUGACAGCUGUGGAAGUUGGGCUGGCUGCAGUCACCGUGGUGUUGAUGGGGUACUGCUCUUUGGCAGACCCCGGGCAGAUCAGGAAGAUGCGGAACAUCGCGCUGGACGGCAUUGACUUGGAGCAGGGCGACCGCCCAUUCCGAGCUCACAAGUCCUGGCAGUACGGUCGGAAAAUCCGACGCUAUGACCAUUACUGUAAGUGGGUCAAUAACGUCAUCGGUCUCCUUAACCACCGUGAAUUCGUUCUCAUGUUGGUUGGCCUGUGCCUGAUUGGUUUAUUUGGGGUGCUCCUGGAUGGCUAUCUUGCGUUGCUCCUGGCAAAGAAGGGCCUUUGGGAAGCCGAGGUAGCAGUGGUAUUGCACCUUGCAUACUCCGUGAUCCUGUUGGCCAUUGAAGUGCCCAUCUUCCAAAUACACAUCGGCCUGGUCCGCAGGAAUGAACUGGCACAAGAGUGGAAGAACAAUUUGAACUACGUGGCCAACCAGACCUCCAUGGGAGACGGCGUACCGGUAGAGGAGCUGGAUGACGAAGAGUACAACCAGCUCUUCGAUGAAAAAGCUUUUGUUUAUGACAAGAACAGGAGCCACUCGCAACGAUCCGGGUUGGUACACAAAUUGCUGGAACUUCUGGUGCUGGCCGCGCUGGCCAGCUGGCGAACUCGGCGAGUUCUGAAUGUAACUUGCCCGCUGCCGGUGUUUCAUUGUUUCUUUGUACUGGUAUUUGCGACUGAUUGA